AUGGAGGACGAUCCGCGGGAAGAACCCCGUGAGAUGGCCGCGGAGCCAGAGGAGACGAGGCUCAGGGAGCCUCCGAAGAUCAGGCGGCUGGACGAGUCGGUGGUAAACAAGAUAGCUGCAGGGGAGGUGGUGCAGCGCCCGGCGUCAGCUGUGAAGGAGCUGGUGGAGAACAGCCUCGACGCUGGAUCCACCUCCAUAUCCGUCGUCAUCAAGGACGGUGGUCUCAAGCUCAUACAGGUCUCCGACAAUGGACAUGGCAUCAGAGUAAGUGUAACUUGGGAUGAAUUCCUUCCUCCGACAAUACGUUGCGCAGAACGAGACUGUAAACUAAACUCGGUUCCUUUUUCCUGGUCAUUGGACCGCAACGAUCUUUUCCUUCAACUUUACGACGUAUUAUAUCUAGGAUCAUGAAAAACUGGCCCAAUGUGCUGCAGUUUUGUUUUUCCCAUUCUAUCUAAAUACAUUCGCCUCUUAAUGAUCUGAUCAGUGCCUGGCUUAACGCAUGCGUGAAAUAUGCACCAUGAGAUGCCUCUUGAUAACCAGUGCAUUCGUAAUGGAUCUUGCACAUGGAAGGGAUUAGAAUUCAGCUUCUGUGCAUUCGUUCGCGGAGAUUAUUGAGCUUUCUAGGUGGCUUUAUUGUCUAAGUGUUGAGGUUUCUUUGAUAGUAAUCGUAUGUAAGAUAACCCUGGAUGUUCUUCAACAUAACCUAUGUUUUUUCCACCAGAGAGGUCAGACAAGAUGAAAUAGGGGGAAAAUGACCUAGAAGUUGCUGAAAACAUGAUUCAUGAAAGCUAAUUUAUAAUUCUUUGAUGAUCAUACACAAACUAUUUAUCAGACGUGCUUAUGUCUCUGUUCUUGCUGUCCUCUUCUUAUUUUCCCAAACUAACACGAGCCAAUAAUUUAUCUAAAAUCCACAUUCGUGAUUAAGUGAUCAUACACAGUUGUGUCGGAUGCAUCGUUUCAAGGAACAGCCAACGCUGCAGUCUCUUUAAAAUUUGGUUUUAUCUGUAUUGGAUUCUUCAAACUUCUGAAGAUAUUUAUCCAAAUGUUCUAACAAGCUUGUAAGGAAGCUCUUAGGAAAUGCUACAGAUAGAGCCACUGCGACUUUUUUUCAAAGUAACAGCCUGUUGUUGUAUUCAUUUAUCUAAUAUUUCUUUGGCCAUUGGCUCAACAGUGGCUAGUACUAGGAGAAUCAAUGCAAAAAUAUAGAUUAAGAAGAUGAAAAAAAGAAUUACUCAAGAGAUUACGUUUUGAAACAAAACAAUGAGAGAACUAAUACCUCUCAGUGGAGAUUGGUUUUUGACGUCGUGAAAAAUGUAGUUAUACAUUCUUCUUUCUCAUGUUAUCAAAGACAUAGCUUAUUAAUAUGCUCCUACAUUUCAAAGGCACGCCAUCUCUUAUUGUUGACCAUCUCCCUUUCCCCCCACGAAUCCGUAUUCUCGUGGUGAAACAAUUGUGAUAGUACGAGGAUUUGCCAAUACUUUGUGAAAGGCACACCACAUCAAAGCUAUCUACUUAUGAAGAUCUUCAGACAAUAAAUUCCAUGGGGUUCAGAGGAGAGGCCUUAGCCAGCAUGUCCUAUGUUGGUCAUGUCAGUGUUACAACCAUAACUGAAGGACAGCUACAUGGGUAUAGGUACACGCUUUUGGAAAAAUUCUGACCCUGCUUCUGUUAUACGUGACUAUUUAUCUGUACCAGUAUUAUUUAUCUCUGACCUUCAAAUCUUUUAUCAGAGUUUCUUAUAGAGAUGGAGUGAUGGAACAGGAACCUAAACCAUGUGCUGCGGUUAAGGGAACCCAGAUUUUGGUUAGAUACAUUUCAUUUUGUCUCGAUUCUUUUCAUUAUGCAUUAAAUAUGUCAUACAAGUUAUAAUUUUGCUUUUCUUGUUUUUCGUAUCCUUUUUUCACGUUUCUCUUAAUAGGUUGAGAACCUGUUUUACAACAUGAUUGCACGUAAGAAGACUUUACAGAACUCUAAUGAUGACUAUUCAAAGAUAGUAGACUUGAUUAGUCGAUUUGCUAUACAUCACACUCUUGUGAGCUUUUCUUGCAGAAAGGUUAAUCACUCUCCCAUUCAGUGUUGUUACCAUUGUUAAUGACCCAAAUUUCUAAAAUUGUCUUGGCCAUGACGUUAUAAACUUGGUUACCGCUUUGUAUGGUACAGCAUGGUGCAAAUAGAGCAGAUGUUCACACUGUUGCUUCCCGUUCAAAAUUGGAUGCGAUACGAUCUGUUUAUGGUAUUUCUACUGCUCGUAGUUUGAUGGAGAUAACUGCUCAUGGUGAUGAUCCUGCUCGUUCUGUUUUCAAGAUGGAUGGUUUGAUUUCAAAUGCAAACUACACAGCUAAGAAGACCAUAAUGGUGCUAUUCAUCAAUGGUACGUGGUUAUUUAGAUUACAUGCGAAAAAAAUAGAAAAUUAGAAUUAAGUGUUGGAUUAAAUUCUUGCUUAUCGUCAGAUGUGGAUUGUGUAUAUAUAUAUAUUGUUUUUAGUUCAACCAACUGGAUUUAUUUUUUUUCGUUAUGGUGAGUAAAAGAGGACUUCGUACAAUGAAACGUUUUAUCAAUGAUAAGCCUUUUAUGGCAUCAGUUUGGAUUUGCCUAAUGUUUAGUCAUUAUGCAUAGCCGUUUGAUUUUUUCUUUGAAACUCCGAAAUGCCCGUCUAGUGUUACUACUAACGCUGUUAAAGUCGAAUGGUUAAGUGAUGAACUGACAUACAUGUGCCGUAAGUGAUUUGAUAUUUUUCUUUUAUAUGUCAAAUAUGGUUUAAGAAGUGGCGGGGUUGUUCUUUUGCAAAGUUCCUCUAAUUGGAAUGAUAAGAUUUGUAAAGGGAAGGUUGCUUCAGGUCACCUUAUAUGUUUGUGGUUAUUGUCCCUCUUACAGACUCAGAAACAUCGAACAGCCUUAGGUGGUUCAAAUCCUAUCAGGUUUCCUCUGAACCAUCCUAAUGAGAGCCCUCGACAAGUUUAUGAGAAUUUCAUAACUAAAAAAACUUCUCCAGGUUCAGCUGAUCCAAGUGCAGCCUGUAUGGAACAACAUGUUUUUACCUCCGUGCUUCAAAGGGUUUUCUCGUAUAGAAUGACUCCACUUUGCUUUGGUCAUUGUUCGAAAUUCACAUUUCAUUUCCUCCUCAAUUCUGAUUAUUUUUUCUUAGUACUGUACUGUUCUGCCAGCCUUCUAGUAGAUACUGUUGGAUUCAUUUUUGCCAACUGUAGUUGCUUUCAGAAGCAUAUUCGGUGAACCCUUGGGUUUUCUUUUUUUCAAGAUCUCUCAGAAAAUGUUGUGGAUGCUUGUUUCUAUGUAACUGUUCCAUUAAGAGUGUGUCAUGACUUUUUUUUUCUUUUUAUUUCAGAUAGGUUGGUGGAGUGUACUUCUCUCAAGAGAGCCAUAGAAGUUGUGUACUCCGCAACUCUACCCAAAGCAUCAAAACCUUUCAUUUAUAUGUCUAUUAAGCUCCCAUCUGAGCAUAUAGACGUAAAUAUUCACCCCACAAAAAGGGAGGUAUUGUAUGCUAAAUACCUGUCUGCUAAACUAACCAGGAGCCUGAUAAUAUUCUGAAUAUUAUAUUUGGAAGUCUGUAUUUCCACAGCACAUUCCUAAUGCAGACGGCAAAAUAUUAUAACGUUUAGCCCUUAAAUAUAACUGGUUAUGUUUUGACACGUUUGUUUUCAUAUGCCUUGAGAUUUGUAUUUCAUGUUGUUUUCCAGGUAAGCCUUUUGAAUCAAGAAUGUAUUAUUGAGACCAUUCAGAAUGCAGUGGAGAGCAAGCUGUUAAGUUCCAAUACCAUCAGGACAUUUAACUCUCAGGUUCAAAUUAACUCCACUACAAAUGCGUAGUAGUAACUGAGAUAUGUUUGUCUGAACUCCGGAUUAUUUCCUAGUGCUUGUCGCUGCUCUGCUACCUCCCUUGUUUCUUCAUCAUUUAUCUUAAAGAUGCCCAUUUUAUGGACAUUUUUGUAUGAGGGGGGCAGCACAUCUUUCCCAGGCUUCCAAAACCUAUGUGGUGCAUCAUGUCUUACACUUGUGACAGUGUGACAGGAUGGAAAUGGAGCCAUGACAUCUACUAAAAGCAUCUGCUGAUGAUCAAAUAUCAGGGCCGGGUUAUUAAAGAUCGCCAUGCUGAUUUACGGCAGAAUCAAAUUCAGGGAAGAUGAGAGCAGCCUUCUUGAGGAAUCCUGCUGAUGUGGGUGGGAGAUGGGGGACCAGUGUUAGCUAUGGGACUCACGGUGAAUGGAGCUCGUGGUAUUCUUUCUACUUGCCCCGUGAGGGCUUCCAAUUGGCUCAAGAAACAGUGGUCUUGCUGUCUUUGCCGCCUGGUUAUUGUCAAGCAGACACCACAUUUGCAUCACCAUUUCUGAUAAUAGAUUUUGGAGCCAAUAUAACUUUAGUUUAUUGACUCUAUGUACAUUGUGAAUAAGAAUAUAGGGUAAUACACCGAUUACAGGGCAGACAGACCUAGUUUGCUUAUUUUGGAGGUUAAUAUAUCAAAUACUGUAGAUAGUCUGGUAUGUACACAAAAACCCCAUAUUACAGUGACUAUGCGAAUGGAGCAAACAUCCAAUCUAGAGUGCAUUGUACGUAUGUUUCUUGGGGCUUGAUCGUUGUAUGCAAGCAUAUGUUUCUUAGCUUGUGCAUGUCUGCAUUUCCGAAAACAUCUUUCUGCUGCUGAACUUGCUCUGAAAUGCUCUGGUUCGGUACUGAAAUAUCCGAGUUCAAGCAGAAUUAUUGUCACCCUACACCCAACAAAAAAGAUUAACUAAAUUCAGGCAUACUGCUGAAUGAGAGGAGAUCUCAGAAAGAGGUUGAAGAUGAGGAACAUUGAGGCUACCUGACGUUUUUAGUCGAUCUGAAUCCCAUCUCCUUCACUUUAAAAACAAGGCCUGGAUGAAAUCAUGUUUAUCCGCCUGAACCAAUAUGGAUCAGGUGAUUCUGAACUAAUUCCGCUGAGUAUUCUCUCAACCUCCUUAAUUCCUAUUAUUAUAAUCCACAUUAAUAUAUGGCUUUGUGGUCUCCUGACAUCCAUUCAGUAUAUGGAUUACACAACCAAACUGCAGCGCAUGUGCUUGGUUGUUAUUGGGUACCCUUAGCUUUUAUUCCAAGUCUAAAUGCAGCUAUUUAAUCAUAUCCGUUCUUAGUUUUAUUCUGAUAUUUUAAACCUCAAUGGCAUCCUAUGAUCUGAAAGUAGUUAGUUUUCAUCACCCAGAUACGGAAUAGUUUCAAUGUACGUUUGCUGAUGUGUUUGACUGAGUUGUUUAUCCUGGCUUUAGUCAUUUUUCUGGGUGCACUCAUUAUACAUUACACAUCCUUGAUUCACAUUCUUUUAACAAUCUAAGGAUUUAUCUUUUCUUGCAACAAUUUAGUCACGAAUUCUGGUCUAUUUUACAGGCAAUCAAUUCGUCUACUAGUUUUAGUGGAAACAAGGAUGUACAACUCAAGUCAUUCUCUGGUAUAUUCCUGCCAAAGUAGUCAGGUUAUUACUUGCGUUUUGAGCCUUCAUUUCCAUUUUCAAUGCUUAUAAAGUCCAUUUGAUGAUGUAGGAACAAAAUCUUCCAAAACUCCUGUCCAUAAAAUAGUGAGGACCGAUUCACGGGAUCCUGUUGGGAGAUUGCAUGCUUAUUUCCAAGAUAAGGAUGCAUCACAAAAUGAAAAGAGACCUGACUUGUGUGCUGUAAGGUAUCUUAAAAUUAUUAUAUCUGUCCAAGAUUAUCAAAAUGACAAUUUUCUGGAGACAAAUAGAUGUUUACUGAGUAACAUAUCGCUAAAAUGCUCUGGUUUGUCUAUACUCUAAUCUACAUCUUCUUGCUGUAAUGUCCUUUAUGAUUGUAGAAUUUUCUUCUUCACUCUUCCUCACGGUAUAUUCACUGUAACUGUGAUUUGGGAUUCCACUGAUCUUGUCCUGGAUACAGGGGUUACCAUUUUUAAAUGUCCAUAUUCCACUGUAGCUCUUACGGUUAUGUAAAAGGCUCCUCAGGUCUUAUAUUCUGAUCUUGCAUUUAAAUUGGGCAGUACAGUGAUGCAUUUUUUGGUUGAUAUUUAUUCACAUUAUCCUCCAAAAGAAACGCAUAGCUGGUUUUAUGUUGACGAAUGCUUGAGUGCACAAAAUGCAAGGGAUGAUUGCAUAUGCUACAGAAAAGGGAAAAAAUUAAAUGGCAUAUAGAUAUGGGGAGUAGUACAAUGUAACACCCUUGGUUGCACUUUAAAGAGAUGUAAUUUAUCUCCCAUGUCAGAAAUAUGGCAGUUAGUAUAUGAACUCCCUCUUCGUGCGCUAUGUUUCAGUUUCUCUUUGGUCGUGCCAUUUUUUUGGGACUUCAUGGUAGACUAAGUUACUCUUUGCUUAUUUUUUCGGGCAACAAUUACAGGAGUGCUAUAAGACUGAGAAGGAACCCCAAAGAGACAGCAGACCUUAGUAGCAUCCAGGAACUUCUCAGUGACAUUGACUCAGAUGUUCAUUCAGGUGGUUCGGGAUACUUUUUUAAAGACACUGCAUAGAAAUAUAAACUUAUGCAUAAUUAUUUCCAAUCAUGCCAGAAAAUUACCCUUAAAACUGAAUCAUGUGUACUGUCGUGAUGUUGUGCUGAUAUGUUUGCCUGUUUGUCAUGAUAGGUUUACUGGAAAUUGUGAGAGAUUGCACAUAUGUUGGGAUGGCAGACGAUAUUUUUGCAUUGCUUCAACAUGAAACCCGCCUAUAUCUUCUCAAUGUUGUGAACGUGAGGUGCUUAGUUUUGCUUGUUUUUUCUGCAUUUCUCUUGGAAUUGUAUGCGUAUCUAGAAAUUGAGAUGAUCAUUUCAAGAUUUAUGCGUCCUCCUCUUAUUUCUCGUAAUUUUAUUUCCUAUUAUUCCUUUAUUUACUUGUUGCCUUCCAUAUCUUCCACCUUCGAGAGGGGCAAGAAUGCUAAAUCGGCCUGUGAGGUUAAACUUCCUUAUAAACAUCUAGUGGUAUGAAAUAUUUAAAUUACUUGAAUCCUUCCUGGUUUUAAGACCAAACUCUGUACAGUGUUUUUUGAAUAUCAUUCCAGUAAACAAUCUCAGAAAUCGCUCAUCAUGAAUUCCAUGAAAAUACAUUUAGAAUGUUGUGCACUCGAGUUUUUUAGAAUGUCACAGGGUUUGCUAAAUUAAAGUUCGCGACGUAAGAUCUUACAGAAUGAUUUGACUGUAAGAUACAAUUGAAAAGCUCUAAUGUGAUAUCAGGAAUUUUGAAGGGUGAUGAAGAAUAGAAGAUUUGCACUCUUUGAUCCUUUAAAUAGGGGCUGUCUGCAGACAAGAACACUCCAGAUGGUGGGAGAUUUAACGUCUCAUCAAGCCAACACCCACAACAUCUAUUUACAUGCAAAUACCUACCUUAUCAUUAGUCAGCAUCCUUAUAAUUCUGUGCCCAAUAAAAAAAAUUAAAAAAAUCGUAGGAAAAGAUCUAAACACAGUGGUGACUUAACGGAAAACUAUUCCUUAAUGAAUAAAUUCCAGAUCGAUGUUAUUGGGGCCAGGUAUCCAAUAACCUCACUCUGGACACCAACCUCCUUCAACACGACAGGAGUAACUUUCUUGUUUGAUUGAAGAUAAGCAGUUAUGUACAAUGUUAUGCGAAAGUGACAAAAGCUAGCUUCUUUGAUAACAUUUCUUUCGACGGAUAAGCUUGAUUCUUCAAAUGUGAGAUAAUAAUCAUGUUCUGACUUGUCCCAUUCUAAGAAAACUAUGCUUGGGUAUUGUGUAGCUUUUUCAAUGAUUCGAUGGAAACUUUUUUUUGUUGGCAGCAGAGAACAUAAAAUAACUGGAUUGAAUUUUUUCCUCUUACCAGCAAGGAACUUAUGUACCAGCAAGUAAUACGAAGAUUUUCCCAUUUCAAUGUCAUACAGCUCAGUGAUCCAGCUCCACUUCCAGAUCUAUUACGUAUGGCACUAAAAGAGGUAGAUGUUGAUCCUGGAGAUGAUGAGAAUCGUGAAACUAUGGAAAAGAUUGCUGAGGUAAAAGAUUACCCUAAUUCCAUUUUCGAUUGCUGAAAGUUAUUGGGUUAAGUUAUUCAAAGAAAGUUAUGCAUUACUGCGGCGUAUUGUGUCAAUUUUAGUUAUCUAUGGGUAUGUUUUUUUGGAUAGCAGUCAACAUAAUUCCAAUGUCUUGGAUUUGGGUUAUUCAUUAUUUAUUUCAAUUAAAAUAUUAAUAAUAGCUUGAUAUUAUUAUUUAAGAAUCCAUCAAAAUCUUCAGUAGGUGUGUUUAUUUUAGAAUUCUACUUCACCGAAUAGGCUGAACCAUAUAGCUGCUUGAUCAGUUCGGUCAUCGCAAAUUCAUUGGGAAAAAAACCUCUAAUGAAUUUAUCUAAACCGAGGGAACGUGGGAUUUGUCCUGUCAAUACUAGAAAUGUGAUUUUGAUGUUCUGUUCAGUUAUCAAUAAGUAAUUCACGAAAAGUACGGUGGCUUAUCCUUCGUGCAACUCUUUGGACCAUUUAAAAUGAGCAGAACACCAUUUACACAUCUGAACACCCAUUUCUAUUUUUUUUAGCUAGGGUGGGAGAUUAGGAAAGAGUGUUUCAGAAUUAGGAGUCAUUUUUCGUAUCUUUGGGAAAGAGGGUAGACUUGGUGUCUGUUACAUAUUUUAUGGCCCUGUGUAUUUUUUAUGCUUUAUGAAUUUGUGGUACUAUUCACUUUCAAAUAAAGAACGGUGUGUAUACUCCUUGUUCUUUGGAAUUAUGUUUUAUCUAACUAUCUAUGAAUAUUCCGGUAAAUAUUUAUGCACUAAUAAUUAUUUUUUUCUCACAUCCAUGGUUUACGUGCCAUUUAUAGACGAUGCAUUGUGUUUUCGUGCUUGGCAGUGUGAGAAAUAAGUAGCGAAUUCCAUUGCACCAUGUUUGGAUUUGAUUUGGGAAAUGAUCAAGGAACUUUCUACAUUUAGCCCACCCUUGAUAGUCUGUCAUUCACAAAUGCAAGAGGUAUUAUAUUGAUAUCAUGCUGGUACUCUGAUAGCUUAUCAUUAUCAUGUUAUUAUCGUGCCACUUUAAAAUACGAGAGUUACUAUAAUGCGUCAAUUAGUGAUAUUAUAGUGCAUCAGAAAUUAGUAGUUUUUUUCGUUGUUGUUACUUUAUUGCUAAUAUUCUUUAAUGUAUUUGUUGAGCAAAACAUGACUUUAUCGUUAUGUGAGGUAGAUCUGUUUGUCAUUUAUUCUGUGGCAGGGAUGGUAAGCAUUGCUUCUCUAUCAUUAAUGGAUAGGAUUCGUUACAUUUUCUGCAAAUGGUAGCCACAGAUGUAAAACUGUCUCAUUCAACGUUAUGUAUUUUAGAUGAAUACUGAGUUGCUCAAGCAAAAGAGCGAAAUGCUACAGGAGUAUUUCUGCAUUCACAUCGAUCAGCAGGGGAACUUGUUGAAGCUGCCUGUUGUCCUCGAUCAGUACACGCCUGACAUGGACCGCGUUCCUGAAUUUUUGCUUUGCCUGGGAAACGAUGUACGCUUGAUACUCCUCAUUUUCCCUGCUUUUUUAUCUGCUAACUCAUAGAUGAUAGCACAGACAAUCACUAUGUAUGGAUAUCCCAGUAAAAAAAGUCAAAAGUCAUCAAACAUGUCCUUGAGCAGAACGCCUUCGGGGUGUUUAUAUAGGAUAAGAGUUGAAAUUUAAGCUCCACUAAUAAGAUCAUUGAACUGCAAGCUCACGCCAUGUUUUGAUGUGUGCUGGAUCGAGAGCUUUUAUGGGCUGGUUUGUACAUCAUUAUAUGUACUCUAUUUUUCGUGUGAUGUUUUGACAUUUGUAGGUUGAAUGGGAUGAAGAGAAAAAUUGUUUCCAAACAAUUGCUGCUGCUCUUGGCAACUUCUAUGCAAUGCAUCCUCCUCUUCUUCCAAACCCAUCAGGCGAUGGGUUUCAUUUCUACAAGAAGGAUAAACAGGACGACAGUAGCAAUCAAGAUGAAAAGCACGGUCAAAGUAAUGCAGGUAUAGAACUCCCAGUGAAUAAUCUUUUCCAAAGAUUCUUGCAUCUGAUUCCUCCCUGAUUGUAUUAGACCCAUGUAGCAAUUUUUUACGAACAAAAGUCUAUGCUUCAGUGGGUAUGAAGAAGUACAAAGAAUGUGUGAUCCACUAACGAAUCUGUUCAGCAUUUCCUUCUUUUUUCAUUUUGUUCUGGUUUCUUGUCCAGGAUCAAAGUUUUAACAACUUUCCGAUUGUCUUCUUUUUACCUUUUACUUGAUGUAGAAGGUGGACCAUAACUAGUUGUGUUCAUCAAUUUUAAAUUCAUCUUUCAGACUGCCGGCAGUUGAUCUUUGUCAACGUUUUUGCUUAUGUUUUUACUGUCAAGCAGAGGUCAAAGACGGUGAAGAAGAUAAUGUGGACCACCAAUUACUUGCAGAAGCAGAUACAGCAUGGGCUCAGCGAGAGUGGGCAAUUCAGCAUGUACUGUUUCCUUCCAUGAGACUGUUUCUUAAGCCACCCAAGUCCAUGGCAACUGACGGGACAUUCGUUCAGGUUUUUCUUUUUCCUUUCUUCCCCAAAAUAUAAGCCAUUUUCUGUGCGCAUGAAGUGCGACUCAUGCUAACUUAAACAUAUAGGCAUGUGAAUACAAUAUAUAUAUAUAUAUAUGUAUAUAUACGGCUGUAUAUGUUGCUUCCUGAAUGAUAAAAUUUUACCUACUUGUGGCUCUGUCAGACUGGUACCUAUAGUUUAUAGGAUCAUAUUUUUUAUCCCCCUGAAUCAAUCAGCACGAACGCCUUGCGGCUCCAUGGCUCUUUAUUCUUGAGUUUUAUUAUAUUGAACUGUGCUCGAACUGAAAUGGGAAACUUAAGAUAAAUUUUAGUCACCUUGUCUCUGUCGCUCUGGGGCCUAUAGUUUCUAUAGUUGCAGUUUUAUAACAUUAUACUAUGUUUGAACUGGAAUGGGGAAAUUUAAUAAUUCCAAUGAAUAUUGCAUAAAAAUAGCAUCCUUAUGAAUUACGUUCAAUUUUCUUUUAUUCAUGUUCCAUUUAUCAUUUGGUGCAUUAUAUGGAUGGUUCUAGAAGCUGAUGGGCCUCCUUUGUUGUUCUGACUUUUGAUAGGUUGCCUCCUUGGAGAAGCUCUACAAAAUCUUUGAAAGGUGUUAG